GUAAAUUCGAGGUCUGGUAGUCUUGAGAGAUAGCAAAAGCAUGGCAGCGGCGCAAGGCACACCGGAGUCGGAUACUGGUAGUUUCGAGUGUUUCAGAAACUACACCGCGCCGGAGGUAUUUGUGCAAGGUCUAGCUGGCAUUGUCGAUCAGCAGGACGUAGAGUCUAUGAUACGUGCUCAGAAACAAAUGUUGCAAAGGUUCGAGAAGACCAACGAGAUGUUGACCAACUGCAAUCAGUUGUCAAUAAACAGACUGAAGACAGCCGGCACCGAAUUCAAGAAACACACCGCUCUUCUGAUUGAAAUGAAGAGGGAUUUGGAUUAUAUCUUCAAGAGGAUUCGUCUGGUAAAGAACAAACUGAGCCAACAAUACCCGCAGGCAUUUAAUGAGGCGGUGAGGAGCAGUCUGGCGGAGGAGGUCAUCGUAGAGGAUAUCGAUUGUCCGGUGAAGCCCCUGGAGCCGGAGAUCGUGCCAUUGCCGUCCGCCCCGACUCACUGUGCCGCCGAUCGUGAUCCCGAUUCAGACGUGCCGGUCGAGGAGUUUCAGUUCACGAAGCUGCGCAAACGACGAAUAAAGAGUAACGACAGCUCGUCGACGGAGAGCAACAACGAUCAGAGUAACGCCGACACGUCUUCCUGCACGUCCGACACCGGCUGAGAGAAAGCCGGGGUCGGGAAAAUACGGGAAAGAGAGUGAGAGAGAGAGAAAGAGAGUAAGAAAGUUUGAGAGAAUGACAGAGAAAGAGAGAGAGAGAGAGAGAGAAUGAAAUCGAGCAAACUAAACGAAGCAAGUAACUCGACGACGCUUAUUAAUCAUGCUUCGAAAAGUCGGACUCAUGCAUCGGCCACUUCGAAUGUUGCCUGCGAGCGUGCGAGCUAAUCAAAUCGAUCGAUCAAUCGGCAAUAAGAGGACCGGGAACCUCGAGACGUCUCGAUCGAUACCACCCACGCACGGAUACCAUAUCUCGAUGUCAUUGUGUAAUAAGCUGCGAGAGCCUGUGAAUACUGUCAAUGUUCAACGAAAUAAAUUCUUUGUACACGCUAGAGC